UGCCUCAAAGUGCUACUCCAGCUACUGCAGACACCAACCUGCAGCGCUACUAUGCCAGACUGCUGUGCCCUAUACCCGCUGCACAGAUGCAGCACAUGCAGACGGCACUGCGAUCUCGAAAGCUUAGUAAUGGCCACUUUGCCGACUAGUCCAGACGAACGGUAGCAUGUGCACCGUCCAAUCGGGGCGGGAGGCGUGGGCGUCAUUCACGGAUGCUUGAACCCCUUCUCACAUUUUUCCACGUGUGUCCCUCGACCAGCUCGACACCAUCGCGAACCAUGCUGCGCACCGCCCGCCUGCAGCUCCGGAAUACUCGGCCGACGCCGACUGCCCGCCUGCGACCCGCGCGCGUCCUCUCGCGAGGGUAUGCUGCAGUGACGGCUGCAGUGACGGACGUCUCCAACUUUCCGCAGGUCGGAGAGCAGCUCCACGGCUUCACGCUCAGGCGCGUCAAGCAGGUGCCCGAGCUGGAGCUGACUGCGCUCCACCUGCUGCAUGACAGGACGGGCGCCGAGUACCUGCACAUCGCGCGCGACGAUGCGAACAACUGCUUCUCCAUCGGCUUCAAGACCAACCCGCCCGACGACACUGGAGUGCCGCACAUCCUCGAGCACACGACCCUCUGUGGCAGCGAGAAGUACCCCAUCCGCGACCCCUUCUUCAAGAUGCUGCCGCGGUCACUGUCCAACUUCAUGAACGCCUGGACCUUCCCCGACCACACCGCCUACCCUUUCGCCACAACAAACGCACAAGACUUCCAGAACCUCAUGUCCGUCUACCUCGAUGCGACGCUGCACCCGCUGCUGAAGGAGAACGACUUCACGCAGGAAGGGUGGCGCAUCGGGCCUGAGAACCCGCUGGCAGCGGAGACGGACGAUCCAAGCGCAAAGAAGCUGGUGUUCAAGGGCGUCGUGUACAACGAGAUGAAGGGGCAGACGUCGGACGCAAGCUACCUGUUCUACGCCCGCUUCCAGGACCACCUGUUCCCCGCCAUCAACAACUCAGGUGGCGACCCCCAGAAGAUCACCGAUCUCACUUGGCAGCAACUGCGCAAAUUCCACGCCGACCACUACCAUCCCAGCAACGCAAAAAUCUUGACAUACGGAGACAUGCCCCUGGCCGGCCAUCUGCGAGAGGUGGACCAACGUUUGCGCAGCUUCGACAAGAUCCACGUCAACCAGGAAGUCAAGGCACCCAUCGAGCUCAACAGCCCCAAGCAGGUCACGGUCCCUGGCCCUCUGGACCCUCUGGUGCCUCAGGACAAGCAGUACAAGACAUCAGUGACGUGGUUGAUGGGCGACACGGCUGACUCUGUCGAGAACUUUGCGUUGGGUGUUCUCAGCAGUCUGCUUAUGAACGGUUACGGAUCGCCUCUGUACCGCAAUCUGAUAGAAUCGGGCCUCGGUGCGGACUUCAGCGCUAACACCGGCUACGACAGUGCAGGGCGGAGAGGCGUCUUCUCCGUUGGUCUGGAUGCUGUCAAGGCCGAGGACGUGCCCAGGGUCAGAGAAGCUAUCAUCAAGACGUUCCAGGAGACUCGACAGAACGGGUUCGACGAGAUCAAGGUCAACGGCAUUCUUCACCAGUUGGAGCUGUCGCUGAAGCACAAGACGGCCAGUUUUGGCAUGGGCAUCAUGCAAAGGCUGAAGCCUAGCUGGUUCAACGGCAUCGAUCCAAUGGAUGCGCUCGCAUGGCAAGAAACAGUCGACGCCUUCCAGAAAAAGUACGCCGAAGACGGAUACCUGGAGAGCCUGAUCGAGAAGUACUUGCUCACCGAGAACACGCUCACGUUCACCAUGACGCCGUCCGAGACCUACAGCCAGGAACUUGUCGAGGAAGAAAGUCAACGGCUGGCGCAGAAGAUCUCCGAGACCACGAGCAGGUUUGCAAGCGAAGAGGAGGCGCAGAGGUACCUCGAGAAGCGCGAACUGGAGUUGCUUGAGGUUCAGGAGAAGGCAAGGAACGAGGAUCUCAGCUGCCUGCCCACCGUGCACGUCAAGGACAUCCCGCGAGAGAAGGAGAGGAAGCCUCUUCGCCACACCGACAUUGGCGACGUCAAGGUGCAAUGGCGUGAGGCCCCUACGAACGGACUGACUUACUUCCGUGCAGUACACCGGCUGGAGAACCUGCCAGACGAGCUGAGAGAGUUGAUCCCGUUGUUCACAGACGCCCUCAUGCGCUUAGGCACGAAAAACAAGACAAUGGAACAGCUGGAAGAGCUGAUCAAGCUCAAGACGGGAGGCAUCUCCAUUGGCUACCACUCCAACCAAUCGCCUCUUUCGCUCGACUCUUACGAGGAAGGCAUCGCUUUCUCCGGCUAUGCCUUCGACCGCAACAUCCCCGACAUGUACGAGCUGUUGCGCACAAUACUGCAAGAGACCGACUUCGAAAGCCCAGAAGCCGAAAAGAAGAUCAGAGAACUGCUCCAAGCCUCGUCAAGCGGUGCGGUCAACAACAUCGCUUCCUCUGGUCACUCGUAUGCCAUGCGAUACGCCGAAGCAGGCAUCACCUCCGUCGGUCGGCUGGCAGAGCAGACGGGCGGCCUCACGCAAGUCAAGCUCACCACCAGCCUCGCCUCCCUCGAGUCCCUCGCAGACAUCCUCCAAAAGCUCAAAGCAAUCCAAUCCUUCGUCAUCGCGAACAACUCCUCCUUCCGCGUCGCGCUCAACUGCGGCGCCGAGUCCGCAACACCCAACCAAGACGCCCUCUCCAAAUUCCUCAACACCUUACCAAACUCCGUUUCGGCUCCGACAACGACGCAAGAAAACACGUACCCCCGCAACGCAAAAUCCUUCUUUCCCCUCCCCUACCAGGUAUACUACUCCGCCCGCGCUGUGCGCACCGUUCCGUACACCGACCCCGCCGGCGCGCCCCUCGAGAUCCUCGCCAAACUGCUCACCUUCAAAUCCCUCCAUCCGGAGAUUCGGGAGAAGGGCGGCGCGUACGGUGGCGGCGCAUACGCGCGCGGUCUAGGCGGCGUAUUCGGGAUGUACUCCUACCGCGACCCGAACCCCACGAACUCCAUGAAAGUCAUGUCCGAGGCCGGCGCCUGGGCUCGAGAUCGCGCUUGGAGUGCUCAGGAUUUGGAGGAGGCGAAGCUCAGCGCGUUUCAGGGAUAUGAUGCACCGCAGAGUGUUAGCAGGGAGGGCAUGAGGCUGUUUUUGAGCGGGAUUACGGAUGAGAUGCUGCAGGCGAGGAGGGAGCGGUUGUUGGAUGUUACGGCGGAGCAGGUCCAGCAAGUGGCCGACGAGUUCCUUGUCAAGACGGCUGAGCAGGCGAAUCUUGCUGUGCUUGGGGAGAAGAAGGACUGGGCGUCAGCCGCGCAUGGCUGGGAGUUCCGCGAUCUCGGUAUGGCGGAGAAGAUGGAGGAGGUUGCUCAGGCGUCAGGCCUUGCUCCCGAGGCCGCCGCCGCCGCAGCAGCAGCAGCAGCAGCGGCAAACUAAUCUUCUUGUAUAGUGUAUAUAUGUUGUACGAUACUCUACUCUAGCAUCAUUGGCGUUGGUAGCAUGACAUCUGG